AUGACUGCUUCAUUGUUUCAAUGGUUCAAAUUUCAUAAAAUACAUGGUUACUUUUAUGUUGUUGUACUCACAUAUAGUUGGGUAGCAUUGUGUAUGUAUUGGUUAUUCAUUUUAUUGGAUCCCAGUAUUUUUACUUGCAAUACAGAAAUAAAAAAUAUACCAUUAUGGUUCAUUCAUAUGAGUAACCUAUUGAUACCAGUGGUAAUCGUAACUGAAGCUUUGAUAUGGGUACCAAGAACCGUUAAUAUACUAAUUUCCAUUCUGAUAUGCUGUACAUUGGCGUUGAUCUACAAUAUUUAUGUCGAGAUUCAAAUCAUCAGAUUCCAACACAGUAUAUAUCCACAUCUAGACAAGUUACGUGUUAGUCAUCGAUAUAUGAUUUAUUUUGUUGGGUGGUUAUGGAUCAUCAUAUUCACUUUCAUUUCAUGCCUGCUUGUACGUUCACUGAAUCCACGUGACCGCCUUCAAUGUUUCCAAACAAAAGUAAACAAGAAAAUCUCUUGAAUAACAAUAACUGAGAGAAUUAGUUUCUAUCGAUAUAAUGACAAAUUUC